GUGAGAGUCUGCACUCACAAAAACCAAAAUAUAUCCACGUGUGUGGCAGGAAAUACAUAUUUAUGGAGGAUUAUCCCACAGAAUAUUUUCAAAAGUCUGCGCACACGCGUGUAAUGGGAAGCACUGCCUCCCUCCUUCAUGCGUAAAUUAUGUAGGGCAGGACGGGAAUGCUCUGCUACCUCCAUUUGAGAAAACCCGGCCGGUGAAUGUGAGGAGAGAGGGGGGUAAAAAGGGAAAAUCACCAAACAGCCCACCUCGUCUUCUACCAGCGUUUGACAGAAGAGGAGUAGCGCAUCACGACGUGUCUAUUGUGAAGCUGAGGAGGAGAAAAGAUGGACAUCACGGACCAAGGAGCUCAAAUGGAGCCGCUGUUACCAACGGUAAGACAACAUUCACAUGCUAUUGUUGUGGUGAUGGUCCUUUUCAUGAGCUGUAGCCUUGCGUGUACCAUUGUUCAUCGUCUUACCUCAUUUAUAUCAAGAAAGAAGCUGUUUGGAUUAAAAUAUGAUUCAUAUUUUAUAUCUGUAUUUCAAAAUGACCCAUAUUUUGAUUGAUUUACCGGUUGCGUGCCUCAUGGAUGUAACGCCAAACGUGGAUGUUGCGCACCUUGAAUAGACAUGAUUUUCAUGGCACCUCUCUCGCCAUUAACGCCUACACCUUCACACAGAUGGCAUCUGUGAUACAGGUUGAUACAGUGUUACACCGCAGCUACAGACAUUCAUUUGUUCCAGGCUGCCUGCACGCAAAGACUCCUUAACAUGUUGCCUUUCAGCCUAAUCAUACCGACCCAGUUUUUAAACCUGCUGUCAAGCUGUUGCUUUCCAGAUCUGCCUUUCUAAGAUGUUACACUGAGAUAAGAGCACGAAGUGUUUGAUCCUGACAGUGAGGAAGCAGAGGGAGGUAAUAUGCCCCAUCAGUUGGAUGUAACAAGCUCAGGAUGUUAUCAUAUUUCCAUGAGGAGCUUCUCUUGAAUUCAUAACCAAUUUGGCCUAUUAAAAUGGAUUUAAACUCAAUUUUUUGAAGUAAGUGUGCAUGAUGGUGCCGCUAUCCGUCCUCUUUGUUGGAAUCAGAGGUGGUAUCCGAGGAUCCCAAAGUCGUAGUUUCACCAAAACAGUUUCCAAAAGUGUGGGAUCAUGAGUUGUGUGGAGCUCAACAACAAACUGGAAAGAGUCCUGUCAAGUAGCCUGUUACAGGGAAUGAAAGGUGUCAAAGAUAACAUAGAACAAAGCAUGGAAAAUAAUAAAGGGAGAGGAUAGUGAACAGGCAAGUGAAAUACCACAGAGAGCCUACAUGUAAAAAAAAUAACAAGAAACAAACAUUUCAAAUUUGACAGGGAACAAAAAGGAAGCAGACAGGUAUAAUAUUGCAUGGAAUAAAUUUGGAACUAACGGGUCAAUAUACCAGGGAUAAAAAUAAGUAAGUAACAGGUAAUUGUGAAAGGUAACAGACUCAAAACAACAGGUCAAACAUCAUGAGAAAAAAAAAACAGCUUGAUAGAGUAUUACAGGGAACUAUCUGUUCAAGUAGUACAAGGAAUGAAAGGGUCAAAUAUAACAUAGAUCAUUGAGGGAACCAACAGGUCAUAUAUGAUAGGAAACUUAUAAGGAACCAACAGGUCACACGUAACACAGUAACAAACAAACAGGUAACAUAUAGCGAAAGCUAUGAGUAAAAGGUAACCAACAGGUAAAUAUUAUCAGGGAGUAAACAGCUUAAUGUUGAAGGGAUAACGUGGUCAGACACAACAGGGAACAAGCAGGGAACAAACAAAAGGAUAAAUGAAAGUAAUGCCCUUUCGUAAGAGCUUUUUCAAACAAUCGUGUCAUAAACAUCACACAUUGGUCCACUUACAGGCAGAGCCCACUUCUGCGGUCAGCCUCCCCUCAUUAGCAUUCAGGUGAGACUGUGUAGAUACAGGGGAAAAAAUACCCACUGCCUUAAAUGAACAGAGGGUGAGGACGAAACGUAUUGCUUUCUGUUCACAACAUUAAAUGGCAACGAUUGCUCUUUAUUCUGAUCAAUACUCUCAUUGUUUGUUCUAUUUGUGGACGUGUUACAUGAGGACUUUCCGGAGCUUACAGUGAAGCCUGCCGGGGGCUGAUGUGGCGUGGGAUGGCUGCUCUGCCUCCCCUGCAGUCUCAAUGCAGUGUGGUAGAUUUCCUCUUGUUGUAACUCAUUGCUGCCCCCUCCCCCCCCCAUCCCUCUGCCUACACAGCAAGCGGAUGCGUUGCCAUGGUUUCACCAGGAUGCGUAUGUGUAUGUGAGGUGUUAGCAUGGCGAGGAUCUCAGGGAUUCCUCGGAGUGUCGCAACACAAAAAAGCAACUUCACUGUAUCCCGUUGUGGCAGGUUACCAGGUUCCCAAGGUCAAGCAUGGGAGUAUGUUUAAUUUACAACAGGAAAAACUCCGCCUGAAUGCAAAGAAGUUUACUACAUAUUCAAGCGUUCCUGAAGAAAGCAUCUCACUUGGAAAUAAAGUCUUCACACGCCUUUCUUUUUCCCCUGUGGACUGAUUUUUUCAUGUUCUUUUUCUUGUAGGACCAGAGCCCCCAAGAAAACAAAGACGUGGUGAGUACUUUUUUAUCUUACAUUGAUUUACCCAGAAGCAACAACAAUAAGUCAAUUUGAUUCGCUUGUGAAGUCUACUUUUAAACUGUCGGAAGCUGUCAAAAAAUCAAUAAGAAAAAAGAGAGAUUAAAAAGCAAGGAAAGGGUAAAAAGGGAGGUCAGAUGAAAUUACAGUUGUUAGGAGUUGUAACAAGUGAGGCGAGCAGUCGACAAAGUUUUGUACCAAUUUUUCACCACAAUGCAUCAUUCAAAGGGAAAUAUCGGUCAUCCUAUAGAUAUGCAGAAAAUGUUUUUCAAAUUCUCAACAUUAUUAUUAUUUAUCUUAUUUCCCCCCUCCCACAGUAAUGUGUCCUGAAGUUAACAUGGUCAUUAAUGGGACGACUAAGUAUUUCUAUUAUUAGUUAUUCUAAGUGCCUGAAACCUUUGUUGUGGUUGGUUUGGGACACACAUAUAUUUUCACAUUCGGACUAUGGCAUGUGAGCAGAUGUUAGAGUUAGUCAAUGAUCAAAGUCAGAUCUUUAGUCCGUAAUUAGACCGUUGUUUUCUCAUAGCAUUGCUGAGACACUGAGAGGAGGUGGCUGGACUUUUGACCGAUACUGAUACCAAUACUAGUACCAAUAAUGAUAUAUUCACACCUUUUUUUCCAUUGCCAAGAACAUUGUCUCUCCAGCACCAAAAUGUACAUGCAACUCUUAUUGUAUCAGUCUAUUUGUUUCAGAAAAGGAGCACUUAAAACAAGAAAAGCAAAAUUUGAUUCCAAAAAAAAAAUAUUACCUUUUACAUACAGACACCACACAGUAAGGUGUCUGCUGUAUGUUUUAUGACACUUUAAAAAAUUUCCAUACAGCUGACAUGUGAUCAGUGCAUCAUCGUAUCUCCCCAUAAUGAUAUUAUGCCGAUAAUAUCCUGCAUCCCAACAGAUAUUGUUGGACUUUGACUACAGGGGGCGCUGAACUCACAGAAACAUAUUUGAAAAAAAUAGAAACGAGCUGAAGCAGGUGAGUUCAAAUUUCAGUGGGUGUAAUCAGUGCCGGUAAAGUCAAUUAAAACAAAAAGUGUAAUCAAGAAAACCAUGAAACAUAUUUUUACUCAAGGAUUAUUUAGAGUUUAACACAACAAUAAUUAUCAACGUAAUUAUUAAACACUGCUCACUAUUUCAGGUUAUUCACUUUGCUAUAAAAAAAAUCACACUUCAGCUUUGCUUAAAUUUUAGCACUUCUGCUAAAAUUCACUUCUAUUAAAUUCACGAUGGCUGAAUUGAUAUCAGAGGAUAUUUACCACAGAGUAAGCGUUUUUAGUCUUACAGUUAAAGGACACUAUGUUGAUAUCUUGUGUAUAAAUUCAAACCCAAAGUAAAAUAAAAUUCAAACCCGCUUUGAGUACUUAUGCGCUGAAAUUCACAAUCCACAGUAAAGUUGCACUCGUGUUCUUUUGUUGUUGUUGUUUUCUUCUGUUAUUAGCCUGCUUGUGUAGCAGAUGUCAUGUAUUUUUGGAUCACAAGAAUCACACAUGCCACUAUGCAUCUGGCAGCGACACGCGGCUGACAACACACUGGGUAAAUAAUAGAUAAUGGGAAUUUAGUGAGAAGGCUUUGAAGAGCUCGCAGGAAAUGAGUGUAAACAGACAAUCGAGGCGGUCGUACAGAGGAGUUUUGAUGCAUGCAUGUCAUCUGCUCUGACAAAAUAUCGCUUAUGCAACUGUGGGCUGAGAGCCAGCGUGAGGACAAGGCUGAGCACAAAGUGUGUGCCAGUGGCCAAAUUGUGUAGCCUUGCCUUGUUCGGACUUAGGACUUCCACAUCCCUUAUUAUUCGGAGGGUGCAGGGAUUUUAGUCGCCCUUGAUUUUAAACCACUGUAGUGUUAAUCUCUAUGGUCGCCUCUGGCCAAAGAGAAAAAUGUGACGUUGUUGUCACGUUGGGAUGAAUUCUAGUACAUUAAAUCCAUUCAUUUUUUUCCAACUCCAUUUUUGUUGAUUGCAAAAGUAGUGUCCUGUUGAUUCACCUGUACCAGAAAAAAACAAACUCUGAGAUAAUAGGAUGCUUGGUUUGACCUUGCUAUAAAACUUUGUGUCCUGAGUCUUGGUUUUGAAACAUCUCUGUCUCAAUUUUAACCAACUAAAAUGCCAAAACAGUGCACCAUGCGCACAACACAGAUUUGUUUGUAUGUCAGUUAAUAUCAAUGCUGUUCAAGGCUGUUGUUAUUUCAGCCCAUUGCAAAACAUCCCUAAUGUACUGCAAGUCAAAGUCCAAUCCAGAUUUGCUUCUACAUGUGUCAAUCAAUCUUGGCAUGUUGCUGUUGCUUCGCUAACUCAGCUUAUCAAACUGACAAGACCUGCUGCAUAAUAUUGUACAGGCUGGCUGUCAUGCUGGAGAGGAAGUCAGCAUUUUCCUAAGAGCUCCAGGUUACUCUCCUCUAGUUUGCAUGUGAGGUAUUUUUCCAUGGUUCAACCGGUCUCAAAGAAGGAAGAGUGACACUGAUAUCAUGCCUGUAUGCAACAUAAUAUGCUAAUGCCAGCAGCUGGCUGGCUAAGAGGGAAGAGACACAACCACUCUCAAGAGAUCACCCAAGACAUGACUCCUUGAAAACAACAGUUUAAUGAGUGUGCCUCAGAGAUUUGUCCCUUUCAUUGCCCGUGUGUGACUACCCCGGUCGUAAUAUUCCAGUAUUGUAUAUGGUAUUUCGUGUUUAUCUCUGGCCUGGCUGUGUCUGGUGUAUGUGUGGUUUGUGCUGUGAAUUUGUCGCCUAUCUUGUAUGUAAAUUAGCUGGCACACCUAACUUUGUCCUCGCUUUUUGCUUGGGUAAGUUUUUUGUGUCAUGGUAUUUCUUGGCUUUCUAGGUGUGUGGAAAGGUACUUGUCUAACCUUGAACUGACAUGGAGUUUUCCAUGUGAUGGACAUCAUAAAACCGGGUCGUAAUAUUCCAGUAUUGUACAUUAUUUUUCAUGUUAUUCUCUGGCCUGCCUGCCUGGUGUUUGUGUGGUGUACAUGUAACCUAUCUCAUAUGUAAAUUAGGUGUGCCAUCGCGUGCUCCCAAUUGGCAGCUUCAGUUCCCAUGCGAUUAGUUCAACUUUACGGAGAAAGUUACAGACGGAUUGACCUGAAAUUUUCACCAGAGGUGCGUCUCAGCCCCAGGAUGAUCCCGUUACAUUUUGGUGGUGAUCCGGAUCGCCUUCUGGAUCCAGGAAUUUUUUGAAGGAUUCUUUAUCAUUGUGAGAUAGGGCAAAUUUUGGAAUUUUUGCAUUUAACUCUAUAAAAAUGUCCAGAGUCUUUAGUAAAAAAAUGACACAAAAGGAUCUCAAUGAGUUUUAUGAGGUGUCAAAGGUUGAUCCUGAUCCAGACAAAAUUCUGGAUACUGUGAUCCAGAACACACAAAAAUAAGGGUGUGGUUGGAAUUUUCAAUGCUAACCAAAUGGGCGGCACAGUGGUGUAGAUGGGCGGCACUGUCACCUCACAACAAGAAGGUCCUGGGUUUGAAUCCGGGUCAGGGCAUUUCUUGUUUUAGGAACAUUAUGAACAGUGAACAUACCAGUUUAAACACAAAUAAAAGUUAAUAAAAGACACGUAACAGUAAAAGUUUUGGUAUGAAUCACAAUAUAUAAGGGGGACAUGAGCUGCUUGGCGGAGGUCUGUGCUCUCCGAGUGUUUUUCUAGUUACUAUUGUUGCACCCUGAGGAGGUGAUUAUUCUUUGUUCUGUACUCAUCCUGUUUGUUUGUAGCUUUAAUAAAUUACCUCUUUGUUAAAACCCUGAAAGUUUUUGGGUUUUGUGGCUGUUUGAGAGGUGGGUGAAAUGGGUUCACUUUCAUGUUGUGUCCUAGCCACCUCCUGAGACAAAACUAGGCUAGUAGACCAUUUGCUAAACUGGGCUUACUUACUGACAGAUUCAAGCUGCAUAGUUAGCUUCUUACAGAAAAGUAUCAACUCUCAUCCAACAAGAAAUAAGUUUAAUUUUUGAACAUUUAAACUGAAGAACUCCACUGAAUGUCCACAUGCCUGUUACAGGUACACCUCAGCCACUUUUUGAUUUGCACUCAAGUUGUCCAGAUCUGCAUGGAUUUGGCUUGAACUCCACAAGCACAGCCUUAAUUACAAACCCUGACAUGACAGCAGGCUUUCCGCCAGGCUGACCAGUCAGGGCUGGUUGAUUGUUUGUACCGUAGAAGAUGAGUGAGAACAGACGGAGGAAGUCUAACUGAGCUGCCCGGGUUUGUUCUUUUGAGCGUGGUGUUCUUGGAUCAGUGUGAAAUCGCUGGAUCGUUGGUGAUCCAACUGUGCAAAACUGGCAGGCAGGCGGGCGGGCAGGAAGCCUCCCUACAGCCCCAGCUAGGAGCUUGAAACGGCUGUGCUCCCUGUGCAUGGUUAAUUAUAGCAAUGUCAGCGGAGAGGAGGAUGAAGAGGGCAUGGAAAAAAGGUAGAGGGUGAACUUUCGAGGAGACAGAUGGUGACAGGAAGAGAGAGGGAUUUCAAAUGUGAGAUUUGUGGUGUUAAACGAGAUCUUGAUGUGUCUUCUGAGAGGGAAUUAGUUGUUGCGGUUGAUAUGAAAACUUCUGGAAAGAUCAGAUGACAUAAAGCUCAGAGGCAGCAGAUACAGAAUAGAUGCUUGUUCUUCCGGAUGUGUUUUUAGCACACCAUGCCUAGAUCACAGUAUUGCUGACAAUGCACUACAGUCAGAGAGCAGCUUCUUUGCCUCAGGUAGGUUGUGCAGACGCGCACACUCAGACUAUCACAUGCACUUAAAGAUGCACAUACUGUAUACAGUAGGACCGCAGCGCCAGCCCUCUCCUCCAGCACGUGUAGCUGUUAGCUGUGCAGGGGCUGUGUGAAGCCCCCCUCGUGCAGGAUGGUGCCGUUUGACUCCCCAUGACCCUGGGCUCCUCUUAGGUAACAGAGCCACAGCGAUCUGAGGCUCAGCAGAGCAGAACUGUGCACGGCACAGCAUCGGUGAUGUCAGAGCGUUAAUCUCUCCAGGGGGAUUGGCGGAUGGACGCUUGUCAGAAACAUUUGAUGCUACCCUGGAUGAAAGCCGUCGGAGGCAGAGAGACAGAGACAGAGGCAGAGGAAGAGUCGGAGCUGCACCGAGCUCCCUGCUUUUUGUUUUUGAUGUUGUGUUUUUGGAGUGAGGUUGCUGCCGUACACCAGCAUGGGAAGAGCAGCUGAGGAGAGCGACUGAGGAAGGGAGAGGGUUCAACUUCUAACCCCACUGAGGAGCCAUCACUAUCUGCUGUUCACUCUGACUCUCAUUCACAAUCACAAACCCACACUCUGAGUUCAGAGUGGGGCUCAGGCCCUGAGCCUUUGCCUCUCAUCUUACCAUUGCUGCAAGCACAAGGGGAGAUAGCGGGCAUCCUCACAGGAGCACCAUGCUGACAGUGGACCAUAGUACAGGAUUUAUUUACCAGGUAGGUUACACUGAUCUUGAACUCCUAUAAAGUUAAAGAGAAUGAGGAUUUCUCUGUUACUCUUUAAAUUGGACAGAUUGAGCCACCAAUGAGCAUCAUGAUGGAAUAUGCAUUUGAUACCAAGGCGGUUUUGGGCUGAUAUGAUUUAUUCUUGUUCUGUUAAAUAUACAUAGCAAAUUAACAGCGGGUUUCUCUCACUGCAUCAUGUAAAUAUAUGUAUGGUUAGUGUAGCACUGCAGAGGGGGCCAGUUGUUGUGUUGUGCAUGCGAGAGGUCCCGAGGAGGUUGGCUGACAGAUGGAGCUGGCGUUCUGGGGCGUGAGAGGAGCUUAUACCCGCUGCACUGACCCCAGUGAUCUCUAAAGGAAAAACAAGUAAACAAAAGCUAGGAACAUUGGAUUUGUUGAAGCAUUUCGUCCUCUCAUUGAUUUUUUUUUCUCUGAUCCUUUUGCACUUUUACAAAAUACGGGGUGUUUCAUCUUGUCGGGUCGAAUCUGAGACACUCUUAAAAAUCUCCCUCUCUGUUUUUGGAGAGGAGAGUCCACGCUCUCUAUGGCUCUGACUUUGUCUGACAAGGUUAGAGUAAAGUGAUGAUGUAGAGAUGGACCCUGUGUGUUUUGCAUAUUCCUCCCUGUGAUGCUGAUCCUGCUGCCAUUGCCACGGUAACCAUGGCCAUCUGUAGGGAUGAAAACCAUGACAACGGAAGCUGUCAGCCAAUCAUGGGGGUUGUAGGACUGCUUAUAAUCCAUGUCCUAGCUCCUGGCUAGCCAUGAGCUAUAGAGUCCCUGGCUUUUAGCACAUGUAGAGCGCUCACUAAAGCAGAUUGAAAGUAAAUAGACAGAUUGUUCUUUAAGCCCCGUCUUGAGGGCUUCACAUGAAACGCAAAGACUGGACUGUGGAGAGUCUAUGUGCUCUAACUCGGUAUAUAUGAUAUGGCUUUUACAGCCCAUCCCAUGGCCUGGAUCUCAAGGUAUAGCAAUGUAUGCAUUCAUCAUCCCCGCUGCUGUGAGAGCCACAGGAGAGCUCCCUGAAGAACGGAGAAAUGAGGUCACAUAUCUGCCUCCCUGAGCGCGUUGUGUUAACAUGCACAGAUUUCUAGAAAAGACUCUGUGAGAAUCAAUAGGUCUGUGAUUUAUCCUGGCAAAGAAAAUGGAAUAUAAGCUCUCAGGCAAAUCUGGUGUUGACACCCGAAGAUGGCCUCUGUGUUGUUUUAUUACCUGCCCCCCAUGAAAAAUAACACCACCGGAUAGUUAAUAUGCCCAGCUAGUGUUGCACUUGCUGACAUGAUUUUAUUCCAUUACGUCUUGUGUUGUCCUUCCCAUCCACUGGUGGUAAUCCAAUCGUAUGAAAAAAAGUUGACUUGAGAUGAAAAAUUUUACUUUCAUUUUUGUUCUGCAGUCUGAUCUUUAUUCCAAAUGCCGUUACUACUUUCCUCCAACCCUGAAAGCUGAAGAAUUUUCAUCCUCAUAUCAAUUGCUAAGCUCUUGUUGGGCAAAUGUGUGGUUUCUCACAGCUAAAUGUGAACCACUAAGUGUUUUAAUUUUUUUGUAGUUUGCUUGCACCCACAACUGAUAACAGAAAUUGGUCUUUGGAGAAAGGAGAACAUGAUUUGUCUCUACUUUAACAGCAGUAAGAAUCUAUAUAUAAAAGUUUGUCAAAUCACCCCUCUGAGUUUGUGAAGUGCUGUUAUUUCAGAGGAUAGUGCUGUAAAUUGAUAAUUACUUUCAGGAGGUGUUUUGGAGCUCAGACGAGAAAGAUAAAAAAGAAGGGCCAAGAUAUCCUAAGAAACUCCACGAGGAUGGACAGUCUGAACAGUUGGGGUUUGGCGCCUGCUCAAAGUCGCCUCAGCAGUGCUCAGGAGUGAACUGGCACCUCCCAGCUAUGAGCGUAAUGUCCUUAUUUGGUUCAUAUCAGGACAUGAACCUUCCUGUCCCAAAGCCUCAACAGACUGGUAAAGUGAUACAGUCAAUAUUUAGAAAAAAUAGCUGCUAAAAGGUGUUCUUUAGAUUGGCUCCUGUUGUGAUGUAAUGACACGAAACAACAAAGUUUUUUGUCCUCAAAACUGAACUCAACGUGUAAAACUGGCCGAGCGCUUCUUUGGGCGAAAACGUCGCUGUUGGUCAUUAAAAGUUUCCUUCGACUAUUCCUGUCGUUACGCGAAGGAUAAUAGUCAACAAGGUCAGUUCCUACAGUAGCUCCAGGCUGUACAGUGCGAUAUGCCAAGCUGAAUUAUUAUCUUGCAGGCUUGGUACUCUACAUGUUAACAAAUACUGACUGGGCUGUCACUUUGCGAGAGUCUCAAUCGAGAGGCGUCCACCUUUAACCACAGUCACACAGAGGGGUCAGAGACAGGAGGAAAGUGGAGCACAUUGUGGAGAAGAUAGAGACGUAAAUGCAAGUGGAGGUGAGAUGAGUCUUGUUGGAGUUGUGUUCAAGAGUUCAAGUUUCAGGCCAGUGUCAGUGUUUGUUGGGUUUAUUUUAUGUGGUUGUAGAGGAGAGAUCAUGAGAUGUUACAGGAUUAAGCGAGGACAUAUCUUUAAUAUCCAUGUUGGGUUGAAAAAGAUGAAUGAAUGUGCAGCACUGUAGUUGUUGGGAUUAUCAUUCAGCUUGUGCAUGUACUGCAAAAAGGACGGAUUGUUCUGUUCUUACUUUCCCACGAUAGCUGGCUGUUUUCCCUCUGAUUUUCCUGCAGUAAUCAAACCUGUUUACAAAAAAAGCGAAGGUGACGGCUGCCUGGUGAUUGUGAGGACACACCGGCUCUGUUGGGCCCUUUUCUGGUCAAUCCCUGGAUCCUCUGCAGGCACUGUUUCACAAUGUGCGAUGUGAAACUCAUUAGGAAGAGUGGUUUGGACGUGGAGUGCACGUGUAGCACCCGGAGGUGUGAAAUCAGGUGCUGAGAGGUGGCGGAUGAAUUGGUUUUAGGAAUGCCUCUGGUGUUUCCCCUGCAUAGAUGUUAAAAAUGCUUCACAAAGUGCAGAUUGAUUAAGACGUCUACUAGAAUGGGUCUUUUUGGGACUUUGUUUUGGCUUUUUCAGAUGAUAUUUCAACCUGUGGGAAAACUGUACAUGGCUGUAACUACUUGGACUCAUGUAAUUCUAGAUGCAGGACUUCCAGGGACUCCUGUUCUUCAGAGAGGAGCACUGCGGGUAAUCCUGUAGGGAUUUUGGGAUUCAGGCUUUUGUGGAGAUUUGGAUUCUCAGUAAAUGUAUUAUGUUUAUGCCUGCUUGGAACAAAGCUGGAGUUUAAUUGUUAGCUCUACGGCAGUGCCAUGAACCUGAGUGUGGAUAGAUAUUUACAUUUCUGUAUGAAAGGAUAAUUUGUUUGUCAGGUUGGAUAUAGAAGAGACAAAAUUACACUCUGUAGCAUACAUCUAGGCUGUAAGUAGAGGAGUUAAAUGAAGAAGCAUGCUGCGAAACCAGUGUUUGCUUUUUCUAACACACUAUGUUGCAAUAAGACAGGGACUACUGUGAUAAUUAACACCACGAGCAGCUCGGUUUUCCGCUAUUUUUGGCACAUCAGACAGGUGCCACAACUCUGCACAUCACAAAAAAGUUUUACCAAGACUAAACGCUUCAUGCAUGAGACAACUUCAUAAUCGGAUCACUUUAUUUAGCACAGAUGUAAACAUUAAUGUCUGAGUUUGUAUAUGCGAAUAGAUCUUUAACUCUAGAAUAUCACUAUGAUUGAUUUAAAGUAGCACGUUUUCACAUUAUGCGAAGAUGUGACACAUCAUUAUGACACCAUGCAUUUCAUGUAAAUAUUUGAGUUUAAAAAUCGGCCGUAGUGUGGAUCAGAUUUUCUCAAAGCCUCUUUCUUUAGAUGCAAACAUCAACUAACAUUAGCAAUCAAAAGAUCCUGCACACUAGACAGAUUUUUCGAUUGUAAGAAGGUUAUCAUGAUCUGUCUUGUUUCCAAAGUAACCUAAAAAUACUCUAUUUCAUGUAUAAACAAGAUAAAAUUAACACUUUUCAAUAGUUCCUGCCCUUGCAACAGUCAUUUAAUAAUACAAAUGUUUGUGCAGCUUGACUCUAAAUUAACUGCAGGCAUCUACAAACUGUGCAACGAAUUAAAAUCAGAUGCAGCCCAAUGUCAAUCCUUUCCCAUGAAGGUCAUGAUGCUCCACUUAGCAUAGCUGCACAAAUUCUUCCACUGUGCGCACACACAUUAACACACACACAUGCACCCUUAACUCUGUGUGACAUUAAGGACUUCCUCUGGCCUUCAGUUCGUGUCCAGGCCUGCAGCCUUUGCCCCUGUGUGCAUUCAUCCACACAGCUCUUUCCUGUCACGGUGCUGUACAUUAGCAGGCCUAUACUGUACAUAGUGUGCUUCUCCAAGGGGCUUAUGAUAAGAGAAUGUCAAUGUAAACAAACAUUUAUGUAAUGUUUGUGUUGUUCAAUUCAUCAUGGCUGCUCACAUGUCUACAAUCCUCCCCACUUCACCCAUCCCGACUCCCCCCCGGGUCUCGGUCACAUGGUCGGCGCUCCCUUCAUCACCGACAAGCGGACCAACCGAGAAACGGCUGAUUUAAUUCUCCCAGCUACGCGAGGCCCUCCAUCACUGAUCCCAUGGCAGAGACGAGGUUUUAUCCCGCCGUGGAGGCUCGCAGAUUAAUCUCAACGCAGAUUGGUGAGCGGGGGUUCGACUCUCCAUGCUGGUCUGGGGUCAGCAUCAUGAGGUAGAGGAACCGGUGGCUAUAAAUAGAAGCAGGGACCUGCAGGCAGGAGGAUUCUGGCUCAGCUGUCAUACUGAGCAUGCUGGGUAGAGCUUUGUUAGGGAUGGAGGAGAGAGGAAUAUAGCAUCAGAAUUUAAAUAUAUAUUAAUGACAUUAUUUAGGUAUUCUAAAACACAACAAUCCUUUAGGUCAAGGACAUUUAUUUAUCGUUUAAUAUACUUGUGAUAAAGCCUCGUCUUAGAUGUACCGAAUCAAUUAUAGUCCUUUAUUUGAGUAUGGGAAGAGUUCUGUAAGACAAAGACAUAAGAGCACUACUACUUGACCAACCUAUGGCGGCCUAUUUAAACGAACCAGAUAAUGUAUUUUCAUUAAAACAAGAAUUUCUCAACUGCACUUACAGCAUUCAUCGGUAACAGAGAUGCGUUCCUCUUCUGGGCAUGCUGCUGUCUGCUCUUUGUCACUUCAUUGCUCAUGGAUGCACCUCUGCAUGCAGCCGUUGCUAAUGCCCCCUUAAAAAGGGAAAUUAAUUGACCAGAUCCAGUCCCAUUAACCUGAAUGGAUCUGACGACGCCUGGCCAAAAUGACAGACUUAAUGAAACAGCUGUUUUUGAAUAAACACAUAAACCAAAUAUAAAAAUAUAUGACUGGAUAAACAUAUUAACAAACAAGAAGAUGGCAUGAAAUACAGUUUAAAAAUGGUUUUAUUUGACUAAACUUUGAUAUUCGGUCAGAUGGAACACUGUAUAGGAGUGCUGGUUAGGCUCAGUGGUUAUAUUGUGCACCACAUAUAAAGAGGCUGUAGUCCUCAAAGUGGACAACCUGGGUUCAAUUCUGACAAAUGUCCCUUUUUCUACACUUUCUUUCCUUUUCCUUCUCUAUCCACUUUUCUUUCUUUAAAAAAAAAAAGCGCUUAACCUUAAAAAAAAAAUCUAAAAAGUAAAUAAAUAAUUACACAAGCAUGAUCACAGCAUUAGUGUGUUGCUGGUUAUCUGUACUAAUUAUUUGACUUUUUUAGAGUUAAGACUUUGAUUUGAGAAUCCUUUUAGUGAGUUCCAGGUGUAUCAUAGAGUCUCUUUUUUUAACAGCUUUAAUUACGGAUUGUUUCCUGUAUUGCAGACUGAAUUGUAACACUCCUCUUAGCAUACCCAGAAUUACAUUUUUCUUGUGUAUGAAAAACAAAAUGAAAAUAGAGAGUAAAUCUGACCUGUUGAGCUUAAGGUGAGAAAUUUGAGUAUCAUGAAGCUGGCUCUCCUAACUUGACUUAAUUGCCAUGGUAACAUAAUCAAAACAAUAGUUAUCUGCAGGACUCCUCUCUUUCCUGUGAUCGCCUUCACUCACAUGACAUUUGCCUGUUUAUUCUCAUUAUAUCAGUGUUACAGAGGCAGACAGACGGCGAUUAAAGCGUCAGAACUACCAAAACAAACAUGAUAGGAAGGUGGCAGGAUGUGCGGUUCUCCAAGAGGACUGGUGGUUUUGUAGAGAUGGCAAGAAUGCUUUUGGACGUGUCCCCCUGUUUGAACGACAGCAGACAGGAGAGCAGCAGCCCUCGAAUCCUCUGGUACUAACCCCUGUCAGAAAUGGGGCUGUGAAUGUCUACAGCCCUACAGAUACCCAGGUUUAGCAAAAACUCGAGUCUGUGACAAACUUAAUGUGUGACUCCUGACACAUAGUCUGUAGAUGUGAGAGGGUGUCAGACUCGAGUCUUUUAAAAGUCUUUCAAAGUUCUUCUUCUCGCGAAUGGAGGGUAUUAAUAUGCUGAACACUCUUUGUGGUUUCCCCCCUGAUCUUAACGAAGAUUCAGUUUGCAUGUAAAUGGAUUUAUUUUCCUCCAAAAUCUAACAAACAAAAUUAAACUUCUCUUUUGGAGACGACUUUUGAGCAGUAAAUCAUUUUAACAACGCACAACAAUGCAGUAAUAGCACAGGCUUGUUUUUCCCUAUAUUUUUAUGGCUGCUCUGUUUCUUUCCCUCAACAGUCGACCUGAAAAAUACUGGUGCAGUGACCACUGCAGUGAUGAUGCAGGGGAGAUGCAGGAGAGAUGAAGGGGACUGUAGACCCGGCUAUCACACUACCUGUUCGACUUGUAUUUGUCUGAUUCAAUUUAAUGCAACAGUGGUUUUAAAAUCCUCAUCCUGUCACCAUCAGGUCGCAUCACAGCGGGCCUUUGAACUGCAUACUAGCUGUAUUUGUGUUUGUGUACCGCUCAUGGACUGGGGACAGGGGAGACACAGUGUGUUACUGAGACUGAGGGAGUCUCCCCGGGGACCUGCAGGGCCAACCGGCGGUGCCAACCCCGUGCUACUCUCCCAGGCCUGUCAGAAACACUCACAUGAUUUCUGUCAUUACAGCUGCAAGGCCCCUAAACUACAAGAAACAUAGCUUCUAGACUGGUUUUUCAGUUUCUCUUAAACAUAUUUCACCACUCUGCCAUCAAAAUAUCACUCCUCAGGGUUAAGUACUGAUUAAGACCUUGAUUCCUCUCAUGGUAGAUAGUGUGCAGUGCUCGGCCUUAGUCUGUGGAGGGUCGGAUAAGAGAGGUUUAGCAUGCAGAUGCUCGGAUAAUGACAAAAUUAACACAUUAAUAAAAUGUCAAAGUCUUCCAGAUUACUAUUAACCAUCUGUCAGGGGAAAUCUAGGGAAGUCUGUCUACAGGGACUCAUCCAGACCUGUUUGCAUGUCUGUGACAGCAUGAGUCCUUGCUGGGGUUUAUGUCCCUAGGCAUGUACAGUAAGCCCACCAUGUCAGCCCUCAGCAUCUGUCCACACACUGCUUUGUUUCUCACAUGGUCGUCCAUGUGUGUGUGUGACGGAGUGUCGUACCACCACUGCUUUCGCUUAAUCUCCCAGGAUCAGAGAUUGAUGGUCAGCAUCAGGCGCCUUUAGCUUGUCACAAUGCAGUGAACCACAUUUCUCCUGUUGUUCUUUAUUGCAUAAUUUGGACGUUACAUUUUUGGCUUUCAUAUUCUUGUUAGAUUAUUGGUUUAGGCCUGAAAUUCUGUUCAUCUUUUGUGUCCAAUUUGUUGCUCAACCAUCCAGUGUAUGACUGCUGCUGUAAAGGUACAAUGCUGUACUUCCUGGAUGUAAACAAACACAGAUUUAGAGCAGUUUUUAGAGUUACACGUACGCUCUAUUUGUGCUCGACUUUGGCUCACACUUAGUGUUGGCUUCAGCAGCUCAGAUUCUCAUUAACAGUUUUAAUAAUGAGUAAAUAGCAGUCGCACUCAGACAGGUAGACUGGCAGACUGAUGAUAGUAACAAACAUCACAUUCUCAACACGAUGUUUAACUUUAUAAAUAUCACCGAUGCCGGUGGCUUUAAAAGCUCUCAAAAAGCCAGCCAUCACCCUCCAAGUUUAAAGAACCCGAGAGACGGUUUAGUCAAAGCAGACUCACUUCAUCCUCCUACGCCGAUACUGAAAACCUGCCUCAGACCCCAACAGAUGUUGUCGACUCUGCUCCUCACUUAACAUUUCCAUUCUGUUGACUCUGUUCCUCUUUUAGGGCAUCAUCAUUUGUAAACAAAAUGAGUAAUUUAGCUCGUCUCACCCAAGACAUAAACCAUGUGGGAAAAUGAAGGUAUGACGGUUGGUUAGCAGACAACUGAACACCCAGGAUUAUCAGAAUAAUUGAAUCGUUUUUGAACACAGUGUUAAAAGCAUAAGGUUUUAAGUUAAAGGUCUUUUUCUUUUCCUCUCAAAACACUUAAGGCAAAGUGCACGGUAAUCCUGCUUUGAAAAAGUCACUGCAGUUUUAGAAAACUGUUCUGCAUAUUCUCCUCUGAUGCACUUUUGUGGUAUUGAUCACAUGGAGGGCAGUUCAGGACGCCCCGGAGAGAUCAUACUUGCAAACAAUGCAAUAUGGAUGAAGUGAAUGAAAGGGCUUUUAAGAUGCUUAAUCUAACCCACAGCAAGUUGUAAAUGAUUAAGUUUAGAUAAAGGAUGAAGAGCUUUGGGCAAAAUUCAGCCAGUAUUACAAGGAUUUAUAGCAGAAUGGCUAUUUUUCGUAAAAAGAGUUUUUACUAUACUUAUGAAGCUUAUGACCGUGAUGUAGGACACGGCGUACAGUCAUAUGAUUCGAGAGCAAGAGUCACCAAAACCAGACACGCACACAUCAACCCGAGACAGUCAGAGGCAGAGGCAGGAGAGGAGGGAGAAGGUGAUGGAAGAGGCAUCACCAUGACAACUUUCAUUCCAGUGUCGCUGGCCUCAAGGUGUUGGCGUGCAGAGUACAUUCACGGGAAGCCAGCUUUCUAUAACCGAACUACAACUGUCAGCAUCACUGUCCGCUGGAUUAAAUGGCUGUGAUAGGAUGCAUGCAGUGUCAUGCUACCUCUAAGUCAGGGAUGUUGUGUUAAUAUGGCCUUACUUAAAGCUGAUAAAUGUUGAUGUGAGACAUCGCUCUGAUUGAAGCAGACAAACAGGAAAUGAGGUGUUGAUUGUUUUUGUGUUAGAGCCAUUAUUUGUAUCUGAAGACGAGCAAAAGUCCUGAACUGUUGAUAUUUGUUGUGUUUUCUAUCCUUACUCUGCAAAUCCAGUGUAAACAGGAGCUGUAUUUGCUGACCAAGCUGUCUGUCAUGAUAUUAGACCUCUUUUUACUGCAAUAUAUAAUUAUUUUAAACCUCUCUGGCAUGAAUCCGCUUGAUAAAAACUAACUAUGAUGAAAGCAACUGUUUAGUUUUAAAGUUUGUCUUAUUUGACUUGUCAACAUGGAGAGAGAGAGCAUCUUUUAUACAGCUCAUGGCUAAAAUGGAGACAUUGUCUGGGUUUUGUUACCGUGUUUUAUUGAUUUUUAACUACUUUCCAAUGUUACGUCCUUAAAUGACAGCAUGUGUAAGGUUUCAAUCAGGUCACAAACAUCAGAAAACGGCACAAACAGACAGCCCAUGUUUUCACUAAAUAUCAAAAGCAGAGCAGCUUUCAAAGAUGAGACGCUGUGGUGAAUUUUUCAAGGUCAGAGCUAUUUAUAGCCUUGAGUUACCAGAAAAAAAAGCACUUUAUCACAUGCAUUAGCAGCAGACUUUCCUCUUAACAGAUUCCUCCAGCCUUGGGUUGUGUGUGACUAAACGUUUACAUCAUUUCAGGUGGACACCUGAUGACGCACUCUUGAUAAAACCUUGACUCAGAAGCGGUGUGUAAUCUGGCUCUCAGGGGAUGAGCAACGUGGCUUUUUUCAAUUUUUGUGAUUGGGUGCCCUUUGUUGCCAUGGUGACGACGAGUGAAGUUAGCUUUGUAACGCAGAGUUUUUGUCUGAGUGUGUGUGUGUGCGUGUAUUUGUGUGUUUUUAUUCCAGGACACAUCCUCCCACUUGGCAAAGGAGGGUGGUGUCCGAGUUCUCUUAUGUAAGGACUUGUAGCAUUUAAAUGAAAUAUUGGUUUUGCUUCAGUGAGGACAGAAAGACUCCCGAAACAGAUUAAAUGUUGUCUUAUGUGUUCUACGCAGUGUAUCGAAUCAUCAUGUCAGCGUGUGUGCUAAAAUAUCCUCCCUGUCUGUGUGUCUCUUCCAGAGAACCGAUGAGGAGGCCGUCGUGGACCGCGGGGGCACACGCUCCAUGCUCAACACCAACUUUGAGAAAGAGGAACUAGAAGGUAACAUCCAUAAGCGAUGAUGAUAACGCCUCGCUCUUAUUAAGAAAUAUUUUAGCCCUUUUUUUCUAUCAGGAGCCGUCCUGUUUUUUUGCUUAGUUGCCAUGUUUAACUGAUGAGCUGUCACAACACUUCCAUCCAAGCAGUGAAAGAGUUUAACCGCAGAAAACCUGUUUAUCCUCGCAGAAUCCCUGACAGCUGAGCUUACUGGUACGAUAAAUCUUUUUCAACCACCUGUCUCAUUCAUAACAAACAGAUAUGAGGUUUUGAUGCUGCAUCAAAGAGCAAAGGCUUUGUCCUCCUCACAUAAGUUUGCAGCAGCGUUUCAUCCAUUGUUAAGGAGGUAGAGAUGCUAGUUUCUACACAGAAAACAGAGUUUGGUCCAAAAAUUUCAUCCAAAGUUUGAAACUUAGCCGUGUCGGAGAGAUAACUACAACCUGGUUAAAAGUAGUUUUAAAUAACUUAUUACAUUCCUUAUGUUAGAUUUGGAUACAGAAAUGCAGGGAAGUGAACAAAGAAAUCAAAAUCAUGAAAAUGCUUAAAAGUCUGCGACAAUUAUAACUAAAACAGCAACACACAGAAAGAACAAGCAGACAGAAGUAAGCCUGUAGCAAAGAUGGAGGUCACUAAGUUAAAGUCCUGUUUUUAACAGAGAUGUCAGCAUUAGCAUUAAAUUCAGAUUCUUCAAAGAACAGGAAUGGUUAGGAAUGGUUUCAACCAAAACAUGAUUGAUUUGGCCGGAUCGAGAGAAGAAAAGCAGCAUAUGUGAGUUCCUCAAGGCACUAUUCUUGGGCCUCUUCUUUCCAACAUGUUACAGUUAUAACUCAAAAUGUUUGGAUGUUUCAAAGGCUCUCAUAUCUUGUCUGCCACUGACAACAUCUGGUACCUACAUAACACUUAUUGUGUCUCCAAUAUGAGUUUAUCAUGCUGGUAGUGGAACCUGAAGUUAAGAGCCUUAAGCAGAGAAACAGAGCAACCUAGAAAGGACCAGUACACUCUCUUCCGUCUAAACCAACAUCCCCAGAUUAAUCCUAUUGUCAAACUUUUUGAAAUUAAGCGGAGUUCCCCUUUAAUGUGGAGGAUUUAAAUGUAAGAUUUUUGUCUUUAAACCACACAACAAAUCCAAUUGUGACAGCUUGCGUAACGGAGAUAAACUCAGGUUAUCCAUGUCCAUCAGAAACUUUCUCAUCAGGAUUAGGCCCCUGCAUAAAUCACACCCAUGUAACAUGUUGUCUGCGUAACUCUACGGUACUGAAAAUUGCUCUUCUAUAUUAGCAUAUCAUUUACACCUACUACUGCUGUUACUAUCUCCCCACCUACAUGUCUAACCCUGUUGAACUAAUGUGCCAGCAUAUAGUCUGGGUGUAAUUGAAAGAUACUUAAGGACACAAAUAGUAGAAGAGGACGACACGCUGAGGGAAGGUUUAAGAUUUAUGCUGGGACAUUUGUGCGUUUGACAAUACUCAAAACUUAUGAUUAUUUCCUGUCACUUCAAAAACAUCUGUCUCAAGCAGAAAUCAAUCCUCUUUCUUUACUUGCGAUAUUCCCGUCGCCAGGCAACAACAACCAAGGCAGCUUGCACCGAUGUCACUCUUUGAUUCUGACACUCAUGCCGGUGAGGUGUUGCUUUCAUCUGAAGGACCCUCGUCCCCAAUGAUGGCUGCUUUAAUGACUAGCUCUCUGUCUGGCACUGUGGUAACGCUGAUACUGCGUCAGCACCACGCUGGGAGGGGGGGGAGAAGACCCUCUGAAGUUAUCUCGCCUCGAAGCUCACAGCAGUUCAAACACUCACCUGCUUAUUCAUUCAUACUUUCUUCAAAUACAGGAUGAAAAGAGGAGGUUAGGGCGAAAUCAUCUGUUUCUAUUUUGAGUCCACUGGGAUUAAAAGUCCCAAAGCUGUGUUUGUUUACUACCACAUGUUACAGUUUGGGUAAUGCUGUGAGAUGAGAGGACACUUGUGUUCCUUAUUUGGCAUGAAAGCAGAGAUGAAAUGAUGAUGUAUGGACACUGUAGUCGUAGAUUUGUGGUAUCCAGUAACUGCAGCCAUGAGUAUUCACUUGGAGGAGUCAUUGUCCUGCUAGAUCAGAGUGAUGCAGCCAGAGCCUGUCCCAAAAGAGAACCUCACAAUCCCCCCGCCCAGCCAAUCAGAAUUGCUGUGGAAAGCAGUACAUACAUGAAUACACACAAUCAGACUUAAGCAAAACCCAGCCAGCGCUGCAUGAAUUCAAGCCUCCUCUGACUGAAAGCCACUGAGUCGUGGCGGCAGAAGAGAAGAGAAAAGACAUUCUAUGACAUCAGCAGUAGUGCGGGCCCGAGGGAGGAGAGCUAUUUUUGUUAAGUCCGCCACUCAUGAGUUUUGACUCAUGAAUUUUAAAGCUCCAGUGCUCCGUUCUUCUGUUUCCCUCCAAUACUCGAUUGUUUCUGUCUGCUCACAUGUGACUGUCUUUCUGAAUUUGGCUAAAUGUGCAAAGUCAGGGCUCCUGGUUCCUCUACUUCUGACGUGAAUAAUUCACACUGUGCUAACAGCAAUCAGCUCUGGAUGGAUGCAUCGACAUCGGUGCACACUCUGAAAUAUACUCCCAAAACACACUUUGACAUAUUCUCAUUACACCCCCUGGGACCUCGCUUAACCUCCAGACUGCGUUCCUAUUGGUGGGUGAGUUGCUCUUUUCAAACAGUGAUGUCAGUGUCUCCGAGGUGAGUCAUGUUAUGUCUGUGCUUUGCUUAAACCUGAUUAGUGCGCUGUAAUGUGAUUAGUCAUAUCUUCCAGCAACUGAAAACAAUUUUAACCUUCAUGUGGGAUUUUUCCCCCUGAGACUGAUUGAAAAUACACCGAGCUUUCCUCACUGUAACUCAGACAAUAAUAAAUAGAUUUAGCUCAUUUAUUUCUAAACCUGAACAAACAGCUUAACUCCAGAGAGGGUUUAAAAAAUAACACUAAUAUAAAGGCUAUAAUUUAGUCAUCAUAACCUGCUUAAUGGACCUUAUAAUUACUGAUUAUUUUUAAUGACACGGUAAGAGAGAUAAAAAAUAAUGGGGACUACUUUCACCUAUAAAUGAAGCCUGAUGACAUGUUUACAGCCUCUUCACAAGCUAGCGCUAGAUCCUGCAUGUGAGGCUAAAAAUGACUCAAAAUAAGUUCCAACCAAGCAAUCUGAUUGGACGAGAGGUAUUCCACGAACGCUCUCAUACAGCACCACAUCACUAAGUUUUUACUGUGUGUAUCAGUCCGUCUCUGAAAUACAGUUAACAUUAUUAUUGAUAUUUUACAAGUUUGUGCUCCUUGAUGAGUCAUAGUGUAAAGGCAGUAUCACACUCAAGGUCAUGAUGUUGUAUUGAUAUCGAUCCUGAUGUGUUUAUCUCAGCCCUCUUAUGUGAUGCUACUUUAAUAUAAAGCUGCCUGUAGUUCAGUUAUUAGUGCUCUUGGUUGAUUCCUUUGUUUGUUUAUGGGGAGCUGAUGGGAGUGGUGGUCCAUUGCACGCUGACUUUGCACCUCCCCAGAUUUUGUUUAUUUCGCCCAGGGUCUCCAAUCUUGUUUCCCUUGUUUGUUUUCUGCUUUUUGAACACUUUUGGGGUUUUAAAAACUUAUAAAUCUCUAGCAGCAGCUCUUUUUUUAUGUUACAGCCUCCAUUUUUCAAACCUACAAUUUCUAGCAGCAGGUAGACCAUAUCAAUCUGAAUUCAGCCCCCAUAAAGUAAAGGGACACGGCCCUCCAUUUCAAGAGGGAAAAGUCACAUCCUUGCAGUUAAAUGAAGGCAGUUUGAGAUCUUUCUCUCACUCCAAACAGAGCCAUUGGACUCCCUGUACUGCACUUUUAUCAUAGAGCUGCCAGAAGUGAAGAGAACAGAAUAUAUCAUUACCAGCAACUGUUGAAAUAUUGAAUCAAUUUAUCAUCCUCCAUCGGAACUCACUGCAUAGCCUCCAAUCAUCGUGCAUCUUGCGGUAUCACUUUAUGAGGGACACUGCGGCGCCACAUAUGGAGCAGGAGGCAAAUGUAGAGAACAGGGUGUCUUGUCUUCGUCCGGCAACUGAGCUGAGGGCCUUUGGGAAGGAGGCCACGCCAGGGCAGCUCGGCUGCAAUAACUGAGAAGACAGUCAGCUCGCAUUAUCUUCACGCUGACCCAGUAGUUGCACACACACGCACAGACACACACACACAUCAGAGAGAUGGCCUUGUGCUCAUGUUGCAAGAUAUCCCUCCAGAACCCCAAACUCCUUAUUUGUUCUAUUGAUUCAAAAUGAAAGUACAUCUGAUUGUGAGACCGUCGAGUCAAUUCUUUAUUGAUUGGAUGGGACAGGAAGACCUUGAGAUACCUGCAGACUGUCACUCAAUCAUACCCACUUGUGUUUCUCUUCUUGCUACAUGCUCUUAAAGCCCCAUGGUAGCUUUUAUAAAUUAUGGACUUCUUCUUGUUUCACUGAACCGAGCCUUAAUUUCCUCCGCCUCAAAGAAGAAGCUUUCUAUUCCCAGAACAGGAAAAUUACAGCAAGAAGGAUGUUCAAUUAUAAAGAAGCGUUCUGAAAUCAGGUCAAAGAAAACAGUAAAGUGCUAAGAUUUGACAUCUGAAGUCUUUGGUUUAAAGGACGGAUGAAGAAAUGAAUACUUUUUCUGUUUCUUGUGUCCAGGUCACCGCACUCUCUAUAUUGGGGUUCACGUUCCUUUGGGCAGGAGGUCACACAGACGUCACCGCCACCAUGGGCACAGACACAGGAAGAGGUCUAAGGAGAGGGACUCAUCAGCCGACGAUGGGAGAGAGUCUCCCUCACAUAGUAGGUCUUCAUGACAGACAGGAGCAGGACGAGUGGACAUGAAACUGUCUCAGCUCCGCGCGAGCAUUUUCUCUCUUGUCUGUCCCUUUCUGCAUUUACAUUCGUCUUCUUUGCUGCAGCAGACACGCCAGCUCAGAGGGUGCAGUUUCUUCUGGGAACAGAGGAUGGCGACGAGGAGCACAUCCCCCACGCCCUGUUCACCGAGCUGGAUGAAAUCUGCCUCAGGGAGGGCGAGGACGCAGAAUGGAAAGAGACAGCCAGGUACACCGCUGCAGUCAAACACAUGGGCUGUGUCUGGCGAGCUCUGCCUUUUUUUUCCUCCCCGCUGCACCUGAGAGCUUUGGUUCUGUUCGUGUCGAGCACAAGCUUUUAUCACAAGACUGUUCUUAUCACGGCACAUCACACGAAAUCCGUCUGAAUACAUGUAUUUACCGAGCUGUGUUUUCAAUGUCUGCAGGUGGCUAAAGUUUGAGGAGGAUGUGGAGGAUGGUGGUGAGCGGUGGAGUAAACCCUAUGUAGCCACUCUGUCUCUACACAGUAUCUUUGAGCUCCGCAGCUGCAUCAUGAACGGCACAGUGAUGCUGGACAUGAGGGCCAACUCGCUGGAGGAGAUCGCAGGUGAAUGCUUUGGGCUGUAAAAAGCACCUUAAUUUUGUUUGGCUCAGUGGUUUAAGCUGAAAAUGUGUGCAUCCCUACUAUAAAACAACAUGAGGAGUCCCCCUGGGCUCUGUUCUUGAGCCUCUAUCUUUUACCAUUUUACAGGUUUAACUCUAAAGAAGCUCUGAUGGGUUUUUCCCUGUAAAACCUGAGACUUUAAGAAUGCACCAGUUCAGUUGGAGGGGAUGUUUUAAGGACCAAAGUCGGGGCUCUCAUGUCUCACCACGAUCUUAAGUCAGCAUACAUACAGGAGGAGCAGGGUCACCUAAAUAAAACUUAAAUAUUAAAGGAUAACCAUCUCAGCAGACUUAGAAAGGCUUGUCUCUGCUCUUAUAUUAAGUCUCAUUCCGGCUCUAAGAGAUUUGUACUUGCUCUCGAUGUGUUAAAGAAGUGACAGCUUCUAUUUUUAUUUUUGGUUUAAGGCCAAAAUACAUGUCUUGUCUGCUGCUAAGUUGGGGGAUGUCCAGACCUCUCAAAUCAAUAUUCUAUUCCCAAGGUUAGAGCUAAAAACAGGAAGUAGUGAUCGAUUUCUUUUUGGAACAAACUCAAAUGAGAUUUGAGAUCUGCUUUCUUAGGUGAUAGCUUUGUUUUGAUACCUUAAUGAUGUCGAAUCAGCAGACCUUGUUUAGAGAGAAAGAAGGGAACUGUGUGCUGUUUAUCUGAGUGUUUAUCUGAUUGUGUGAAAAGUGUUCUGCUAGAGGGAUCUGGUGAACUUAACCUGGUUUUGUGCGAUUAAAUCAGCAGCAGUGGGUCAUUUUUGGGGGAAAAUAAUCAGCUUAACAUCGCUGGCUGCCACGUAGAGACAGACAUUAUCAAAAGUAGCUUUUGUGAUUUGAGAAUGAACAGAAUGUGGAAACGUACGUGUGUGUGUGUGUUUCUGUUUCAUAGACAUGGUUCUGGAUCAGCACGAGGUGUCGGGCCCUAUCGGUCAGGAUGCCAGAAAGAGGAUCCGCGAGGCCCUGCUCAAACAGCACCACCACCAAAACCACAAGAAACUGGCCAACCGCAUUCCUAUUGUCCGCUCGUUUGCUGAUAUUGGCAAGAAGCAGUCUGAGCCUCAUUCCAUGGACAAAAAUGGUUAGAAGAUAGUCGCAUACAUACCUACACACCGUCCUGUCAAACACUACAACCUUUUCUAAACUUCAAAUCAGCCUCUAAUUUCUCCAGGGUGAUCAUAUAUGUCAUCUGUAAAUAUUUAAGUACAUUUUUCUGCAUCGUCUGGUAAUCCUCCGCAUGCUUUUUCCAGUGUCCAUCUGUGAUUUGCUGUUUUUUACUGCUGUCCAAAUCUCAUGUUGUCUUUUUGUUUGUGUUUCUCUAUGUCUCUGUGUGUGUCUCUGUUUGUGUCGCAUGUGUGUCCCUCACUUAACCAGUAAACGGCCUCUACUAUGAGACCAUAAACACACCCAGUCGUUCGCCUGAAAAGAAAACACCCAAGAGCGCCUCACCGAAAAACGCCUUUUCUUUCGCUGCAUGGUUGCGGCAUGUAUGUUGUGUAUCAUGUCUUCCCGCCCCUGCAUCACCUUCGAACGCCAAUGGUAGCUGUGGCAACAUGACCCCAGACACGCACUUUGGCAUAACUGAGACCAAACGUCUUAGUUUCCUCCAGGCAGUCGCACAAGGCUACUGUCCGAUCACACAGGAGGAGCAAGAAUUCUGCACAGGCAACCGUAGCUCUUCUCAAACCCUAGAUGUGUAGAAAUAGUCGUAGUAGUAGUGUUGAAAAGCACACAUAAAAGUGGAGAGUAUUAUCAUGAGAGAAAAGUCAUUUUUUAAUGACACAACUCACAGUUGUGAUGCCGCUCUUGCUGGCUGUAAAAAUGAAAGUGCACGGAAGUUUCUUAUUCUUUUAAACAUCUUUGAGAAACUCUCGAGUUAGCGGAAGUAAUGCCGCAGAAUUAUUCAUGCACAUUGCUCUUGCAGUGUACAAAAUUCAUUGCAAUGCUCUCCCUUCCCUCGACCUGUCAGCAAUACACUCGCUCACUAGAUUUAAUAGAAGACAUUUGACUUGUACUCCACAUUAACAGUCACUUAACCGCCAGUAACGGUCAUCUCUCGCUGUAGCCUCAUAAUUCAAAGAUGUCUAAGUUUCUAGAAAAAUGCAGCAUACUUUUUCACUUUCUUGCAGACAGCUGUAACAGAGUUAUCCCUUUGACCUCGGGGUCCUACGCUCUGCCACGUUGUUAUAUUUGUGAGCGUCAUCUUUGCAGCUCGAACAGCAAUUGGAAAUAGACGGUUGACUUUGAGACGAACAUUUCAGAUACUGAUGUUAAAAGUCAAGAAUGUGUCAGCAGGCUGUUCGCUUUAGGUAGGAACACAAACACUGCCUGGAAUUAGAUACCUGAUUUAUUUAAAAGAACAUUACAGGAGAAUUUAGAUACCUGGGAACGUGGAUAAACUCCCAGAUACACCAUAUAAGUAUAAAAGCCCAUUAGCCAAGAUAUGGAGGCAAACAGGGUAAUUAUUAGCAGCCUCUUAGGGUCUUUUUGCACACGACUAUAAAUCCAGUUUAUUUGGUAUAAUAUCAACAGUCAUGUGUUUAAUCUGCACAAAAGUUUCAUGCAUUUAUGUGCCCAAAAAAAUGACUUCAGCAACAUUCAAACUAACACAGAUUUCAUCAUGUCACUCUUAGUGGAUUAAAAAAGUAUGAAUUAUUUCUCUGUUGUGAGUAAAAGUGUCACAUUUCAUCCAUUUAAAGGCUGAGUUCAACACGAUUUGAACUAAAAAUGGGCAAUCUUUGACCUCCAUGACUAAAGAUUCGCCUUUUUUUAGUUCUUGGAAAGAUUGAGCCUAAAAUCAAGCUAACAUCACAACCUUUAGAUUAACCCCUUUCACAUGGUACACUCUGAAAGCAGGUACAACUUUGUUUGUGUCUUUUGUCACUGAGUCUGAACAGCAUCUACAACAAAAGCAGCCACUGUUGUAUCGCACUUUUCAGAGGAUUGUAAUUGUACCUGUUAAUCACUCUCUGGAGACCUGUAUCCCUGUGUGGGAAAGUAGUAUCAUGAUCGGCUGAAGCUACGUGAAAAUUAACGCGCUGUUGUCUCCCCGACAGGCCAAACAGUCUCGCCUCAGUCCCAGCCGGCUAACAAUGAAGGCAAACAGGACGUCAGCCGGGAAAACAGCGCUGUGGACUUCAGCAAGGUGAGCAACCAGACCCACUGCUGAUCCGGCUGUUUAUCCACUGGUACUGAUAGCUGGACUCAUAACUAGUGCUGAUUAUUUUACCAAGAUUGGGUUACAGGUGAAAUGGUCACCGUACGCUGUCUUCCCUGGGAAACUGAGUGGAAUUUAACAGGAGUAAAGCUUGUUUUCUUUUCUCUUAUCCGCUAUCAGAUCCAGCUGGUACUUUGUUUUUCACCUUUAGAAGAUUUGCUCUGAAAGAUACUUCAAAUGUAUAUAAAACAUGUCAAAGUUGUGUCCAAAAAUGUGGUGUUUUGGUCUUCCCCUGUCUCAUAGAUCGACCUGCACUUCAUGAAAAAGAUCCCACCUGGCGCUGAGGCUUCAAACGUCCUCGUAGGGGAGCUGGAAUUCCUCGAGCGCCCUGUGGUGGCCUUCGUACGACUGUCUCCCGCUGUGCUGCUCAAUGGCCUGGCUGAGGUUCCCAUCACCACCAGGUUAUACACCAGCUGCUCUGUAAUGAAUUGAAGAAGCUGUUUUUGCCCCCGAACCUCCUUAGAAGAGGAUUUCACUUUAACAAGAAGUCUGUUGUUCUCUGCAUUGCACAGGUUUCUUUUCAUCCUGCUCGGCCCUCUGGGAAAAGGGCCGCAGUAUCAUGAAAUUGGAAGAUCUAUCGCCACCCUGAUGACUGAUGAGGUGAGGCUGGAGUGCAGCAGUGAUCUUAAUAGAUUUGGAUACUUUCCUAGACUUUUUGCUCGAGUAAGAGCAGCAAACAAGAUUUUGAGAAAAGAUCCCUACUCUUACCAAAUGCUACUACAAAUUUCAGAGUUAAGCGAAAGGAAAGCCGGGCAGACUUGGCUUCGUGACCUUAUAAAUAUUAAAAAACUUCUUGGUUGUAGUUUCAUCUUUUGGAGUGCUGCCAAACUGUCAUGAAUAAUAAACAAUAUAACCGGAAAGCACCUUCAACCCUGGUCACAGGCACCAAAGCAAAAUGGAGGUAAUAGUCAAAUCAGCAGAGACAAAUUAGCCUGCCUUAUAAAUAUAUAAACAAGUAGCUCAGAAUUCCCCUCCCCCUGCUCUGCCCCGCUUCUUUUCAACCGUGAAUAUGACUCUGACACAAAUAAUUUAUUCAUGACAUAGUUCCUGCUUUAAGUUUGUUCCAUUAAACUGCACAAGAAUAAAAUCACCUUGUUAUUUUCACUGCUGGAUGCUGUUUCUAUGACUGAAUAUCUGCUUUUUGAGAGAUAAAGAGAUCAGGAAGUGAGGCUUUUUUAUGUUUAAUAAUUUAAUAAUUUAAGUUCGAUAUCAUGUUAUUAGUUUAUAUAGUUAAAUAUAGCAUUAGGUUGGUUUGGGAGGUUGGGGUUUGGGAAACCAUCCAACUACCAACUCUGAAGUUGUUUUUUUUUCAUCCAAACGGGCUCGACAUCUGGCCGCAGGAGAAGCCUGUGGGGAUCAGCAGAGUAUGACGUGAACACCCUGACAGGAUUUCCCACAGUGCAGCUAUGAGCUGAUGUCACUGACCAUCAACAGGGCCAGAUGUUGCCUUACUUUUUUCAAUGGCAGCAGCCCUCUGGGAUGCAUAUAAAUAGAUGCCAACCUACUUCGUCAUAUAUGGGAAUAAACUGUACCCAUGACUAUGAUUCACUCUCUUGCCAUUUUGUGCAACAGUCUAUUUAAACGAACAGUUAUUCUGGUGAAAAGGAUGAAGUGGUACCUGAAAUAUGAUGAGAUUUCUGAGGCAGCUGAGGGAUGAUUCACUCUGUAUGAUAAUGUUUAAAUAUGUCACAAUGCUGUUCGCUUCAUGCUCUGUGAUGCAUGGAGAUUUGUACAGAGAUAGGAAUAAUCCCUCACGGAAUAAACCUUUUAUACCACUGGCAAAUUACUUCCUGCUUGUAAAUCCGUGGGAAAGAAAUGAAGGAGAGCUGAGCAGAAUAUUAAAAAGUUACAUUUAUCAAGUGAAUCAUGCCUGUGCCACACCAUAGGCUUGUAACCUGACGUUAUCGUAUUUCUCAUUGGACUCUUUUGCAACCAGUACAGUCUCCCCCUGCUGGCCACUAAAAAUAACACAUGAUUAAUGUUCUUCCAUUUGAAUCUAUGUGCCUCACACAUAUCUUUUUAUUCACCUCCUCAUCCGCUCCACAGGUUUUCCAUGAUGUUGCAUACAAGGCCAAAGACAGGAACGACCUGGUUGCAGGUAUCGACGAGUUCUUAGAUCAGGUGACGGUGUUGCCUCCUGGAGAGUGGGACCCCUCCAUCAGAAUAGAGCCUCCCAAGAACGUGCCCUCUCAGGUAAACCUUCCACCAUUUUUAUUCACACAUCCUCUUGCUCCUGACUUAUCCCGUUCACCGCCUCACAGCUAGAAUAAACUAUUAGACUGUGUGAGAGCGACAGUAAAUAUAACCCUUCUUUCAUAAGUCUCCUCUGCGUCAUCCCCCCCUGCUGAGAAACUUUUCAAACAUCUGCAUUCUCCUCUAAUCUCGACUGCGCCGUACUUUGUGCUUUGAUGCCGCUCCCCGGAGUUCUGCUCUCAAUCCUCUCCAAAACCGACGUUAGUUUUCUCUCCUUAGUUAUUUUGGUCGACUUUGAGAAGUUAUCCGCCAUCUUGUUUGUUGUCUGAAACAAAGCUGCUUCUUGAUUGUAAAAUUCCCCUCUUUGUCAUUAGGCACCUGUAGUGACUUAAUGGCAUCCUGUUGUGCAGUUAGAUUGUUCUGCUGCUGAAUUUAACGACUGAUGAAUGACAGAUGAGAGAUUUUGGUUUCUAAGCUGAGGGAGAAUUAUGUUGGAUAACUUCAGGGUAUUUGUCAUUGUUCCUAUGCUGAUGUCCAAUUACUGUUGACUGACAGUGACUUUAACCGCACAGGAAAAGCGGAAGAUCCCCCCUGUUCCCAACGGAGUGACAGAUCUCGGAGAGUCAGAGGAGCACGGAGGGCACGGCGGCCCCGAGCUCCAGCGCACAGGGAGGUGAGUGUGAAAGAGGAGCAGCGGGAAUGAUGCCGUGCAGCCCCAAGCACUUUGAGCUCCUUUUGUUUCUGUCCCCAAACUGUAAAUUUUGCUGUCUCUGAAGAAGCAGACUACCCUACUGGCCCAUUAUCAUCCCUCACACUUCAACUCCACAAAGAGCCUUUGUUUCACUUCAUUAUGAGUUCAGGAAUGAAGUGAGACAUGGAGACAUUAUCUUAUGAAGUAAAUCUUACAUGACCGGCAGCUGGAGGCGAGCAUUUUGCAGUCACUCAGAAAAUAAAGUAGAAAUUGAAAAAUGAUUGUCUCGACUUUGGAGGCUGCCUGAGGUUCGAAGUGCUAUUAUUAUAUUGAACGGUGUUUCUGAUUUAUGCUCCUCCAUGUUUAGGUGAAAAUUUAAGGCAAUAAAACACGUCUACUUCAGUGCAAGACUUUUAAACUUUCACACUACAGUGCACCUGAAAAUGACUGCUUGGCAUCCUUGUGUUGUCAUUUUCUCCACCAUUGAAGUUUUAUACUUUCCCAUCAGAGAAAAGAUACUCAAUUAAAUACAAGACUGUAACUUUGAAAUGCUGCUCAGUGUGACGGUGUAGUCCAGGUGUAGUGUCAGAGAAAACACCCAGGUAUUAAAGGAUUAAAACUGUUCAUAACUCCUCCUUUUAUACCAAAUGAAGUCCCGACCUGCAGAAUUUCAUUUUGAUGUAAUUUUCUGGCACUAACAGACAGCCUGAUUUUCAGAUAAUGAGAUUUACACUUUGGAUUAAAGAGAUGACAACCGGGCGAAACAAUGAGGUGAUAGCGCCGUGUGCAGGAGUGCGAGGGGAACUAGCACCUCAGUGGUUUAACAGCAGAGGAGUGAGUGAGUGAGUGAUGUGCUGCUGAGCUGCAGUACACUGCGGCGCAGCGUAACGCAGCGCUCGUAUCCUCACUAAGACUGGCCAUCAGCCCAGUGUCUGCUAUCGCAUUGCUCCUUCCUCCUCCUUCUCCUCCUCCUCCUCCUCCUCCUCCCGGGACAUGGCAUCGCUCUCCCGCUGCUCCUACUGAAAUAAGCAUUAUGUCCCGCCCACUGUUGCCAGAGCAACCACCUCCAGCUAGUUUGCCAUGGUGGUGCUCGCUGCAGCACGAGAGCCUGCUCGCCGAGGCGGAGAGCUGUUAAAAGAUAGAUGCAUGAGUCUGCAGAAAUUCACACACACACACACACACACACACACACACACACACACACACACACACACACACACACACACACACACACUCAUAAAAGUAUAAAUACGUGCUAAACUGGAGACUGGUUGUAGAGGGGGUACUUCUCUGUGUUCUGUCUGCUUUUUCACAGGAGUAGCAAUGUCAGUGCACUGAAAUGUAUGCGUGUUACACCUCAGCUGCAAGUCUUUCUGACAAACUUUGAGAUCAUUUACUUUAUUAGUCUGAAAAAAGUACAGUAAGCUUUUUCUUUAGGAUAAAAACACAUUUUCUCACAUUUUAGAAAUCUUAUUUUUCUAAAUACUUGGGUCUUUUUGAGCCAAACAAACAGUCAAAUAUGAUCAAAAAGAGGAGAGUCAUCCUGAAUUCACUCUGGCAGAUGAUAUGAGGACAAAUGCUGCUCUUUUAUUAUGAGACUCUGUCAUGAAAUCCUCUGUCCCCCCUGCAGGAUAUUUGGCGGUUUAGUCCUGGACAUCAAAAGAAAGGCCCCUCACUACCUUUCCGACUACACAGAUGCCAUCAGCCUGCAGUGUCUGGCCUCUUUCCUCUUCCUUUACUGCGCCUGCAUGUCACCUGUCAUCACCUUUGGAGGACUCUUGGGCGAAGCCACAGAGGGACGCGUGGUAGGAAACAGCUUCUUAAUUAUUCCCCCUAGAAUCGAUUACUGUCUGUUGAUUUGGAAAGUAAUUUGCGUUUGUUUUUUCUGUGUUUCCAGAGUGCGAUUGAGUCCCUGUUCGGGGCCUCAAUGACUGGGAUAGCCUACUCUCUGUUUGCCGGUCAGCCUCUCACCAUCCUGGGCAGCACGGGGCCCGUUCUCGUCUUUGAAAAAAUCCUCUUCAAGUUCUGCAAGUAGGCUCUUUUUCUUGUUUUCCGCUCUGUACAAAUUGUGUUUUUGUUCCAUGAAUAUUUCAGCCUUGAUAGUGAAUGUGUGUGCUUUCUGCUUGACUUGGGAUGCCAUAUCUAAUCGCCCAUCCCUUCACUCAUGUGUAUGUGGAUGUGUGACCCGUCUCUCUCAGGGAAUAUGGCCUCUCCUACCUCUCCCUGAGGGCCUGCAUUGGCCUGUGGACAGCCUUCUUCUGUCUGCUGCUGGUGGCCACGGAUGCCAGCUCGCUUGUUUGUUACAUCACACGCUUCACUGAGGAGGCUUUCGCUGCGCUGAUCUGCAUCAUCUUCAUUUAUGAGGCUUUGGAGAAGUUGCUCCACCUGGGCGUUCAUUACCCCAUCAAUAAAAACAAUAACCUGCAGAAGCUCACAAUGUACUCGUAAGUGCGCCUUUGAAAUUCAAUUUUAAUAACGUUUUAUUAUGAUCGUACUUUUUCAGCCUUGGAUGAAAAUGAGCAAUUUUGAGACGCAUUUUGUCUUGGGAGCGAUGAGCGCAAAAACAAAUAGGAAAUUUGCACCCUUCGAGGUGUGACUCAGGGAGAGUUAAACACAAACAUUAGAAAAAUAUUUUCAGAUUUCAGCUCAUGAAUCAGCUUCAAAUUCAGAGGAAGGAUAAUGAUCAUGUUUGGACAGCAAAUCCUGUCACAGAUAGAUCUGAAUGUUUCGUUUAUACAAAAUCCAAACUCAUAGGAUAGUUUUUGUGUCCUCGCUUUCACUCAGACUCUUUCUAGAAAUGUUAUCCUGAUGUUGUAAUUGUUGUCUCAGCCCCUUGUUGAAUUCACAGUCCCCCACAACUUAGCACAUUCGCACACACGUGCUCGAGGGUUUUGCUGCAUCAUCAAACGACAGAUGGCGCGGUGAUACAGUAGACAAAGUAUCCACUCUUUUUUUUUCAGUAAUAGCUUUUGCUUUAUGGUGAAUAAUCCCGUGGUGAGUGUGUGUAAGAAGCAUCAAGCAUUAUCCUACCACAUGAGCUGGCGAGUGUCUCUGUGGAGCCGAGUGCUCCUUCUGUGGGAUUCUAUUCUGGUGGAGUGGACAGCAGGGGAUGCUGACAUUUGUUUUGUAAAAUGCCAGCAGAAUCAAGAGUUUGUAGUGAUGAAUUGGAACGAGCGACAAUUUACUCAUUUGGACAAAUUUUUCUGCAAAUUUGCUCAUAUUAGAAGCUCAAAGGGAGAUUUUUGUGCAUCUUAACUGAUGACCCAGAACAAAAUCAGAAUCAGAUCACAGACAAACAGAAGGCUGCAUGUCAGAAUUCCUAUUGAGCUGUUCAGGGAUAGAAAGUAGUAGACGGCUCAUUAAGGGGUGUUUAUGCAAGUUAGAUCAUCAGACGUGAUCCUGUGGUAAUACGUUUUUAGAAAUAUAUGCAGGAAACACAGUUUUAGACUACUGUCACAUGGCCAUCAAACGAAUUUGUCGGUCUCAUCUUUCAUAAUAGAGAGCCUGAACAAAUGUAACCGCUCCCCGAGUGGGCUCCACUUAUUUGCAUACACUCCACUGCUCAGAGUUCUGAAUUUAACAAGCAGGACUGAGGUUGACUUUCUCCUCUGAGGCUAAUUAUGUUUUGUUGGAGGUUGAUUGGGAUGUCAGAUUGCUGCACUUGCUCUAUCGGUGUCAGCCAAGCAUGUGCUUCCACCUAUUGGUUGUUUACUGACAUAGCAAGAUAACCCUGCAGUCUCCGUAUUUAUGAUUAGUUUUGGAGUAUUAGAAUGGGGAUGGGAUUUGCUGGUUUAAUUUCAGUGUAAGAGCAUGUGAAUUAUUACAAACUAUGACUGUAGGUGUAGUGUAAAUGUAAACUGGAUGGCAGUCUGUCUCUACGAGUCAACCCUGUAGAUUAGAUAGUCAGGAUUAACGCCACCUCUCUUCAAAUAUCAGCUUGGAUUGGAUGUUAACUGAGGAGUUUUAACACCAAGAAAUAUUUUUUUUGCGCAGUACAACCCAACACAGUCUCAGUCGACGACUGUCCAACAUGAAUCUGGUUCUGCCUGAGGUUUCUGCCUGUUGAAGGGUGUUUUUCCUCGCAACUGUACCUCGUUAAGUGUUUCACUCAUGUAGACAAAAAGUGAUGGGAUCGGUUCUGAUCUGACAAGAUUGGGCUUAAUCUUAUUCCAUCUUUGUGUUGGGUCUUCCUGUAAUUAUCAAGGACUGUGGUCGAGACCAGAAUAGUAUAUCUAUAUCGUGUGAUCUAUUUAUUAGGGCUGUCAUAAUAAACUAAUGUUUGAAUCACAGCUAGAUCGCCAAUCAAGAUGGGUUACACCUUUAAUUGCAUGUUAAGAAUCGAAUUAUUUUACUUUUAAAAACAGUUUUAAGUUCAUUUUAACAAAUUCUUAUUAGCUUAAAAUUGAAUACAUGCAAUUAAAUGUACUUAGUAUCCAAAUAAAAGCUGCACUGCUGCACCUUUGUGCCUCAAAAUGUUUACUUUUUUUUUACUUUUUAACAGAGCUUGAAGGAAUUUUUGUUAAAAUGUGAAUAAUACUUACAGCCCUACUUUUUAUACAACAUUAUAAACCCAUUUUUUUGCAUUCCCUUUAACUUUAUUCUGUAAAUGUUUCCCAUAAAUACCUUGGACAGGUGUGAGUGUGUGGAGCCCAGGAACCCCAGCAAUGAGACUCUGAAGUACUGGGCGGAGAGAAACAUCACAGCCUCUCAGGUCAACUGGACUAAUUUGGAGGUUAAGGUAAGGAUCCUUGACAUUAGGAAAAAAACAGCAGCACAUAAACUACAAAUGCUUACUAAAAGUAAACCUGUAAUUAUUAAGUUUAACUGGAUCUGGAUCUGAUUUAGGAUGUUUAUCAGGUCAGGACCUAACAGACUUGAGGAAAUGAGGCUUAUUUCUUGCAUCCUCUGGCAGCGUGUUGUGUCUGACUUUGCUCACUCUGCCUUAUCAGGAGGCGUCAUAAGUCUAGGCGGGGAUUAAGAACGUGUGGGCUGGAUUUCACAGGAUUUAGUUGUGCAGAAUGAGCGUGGAGAUCCAGCAAGAAGAGUUGAUUCUCUCGCUGUCAGACGCAAAUAAGUCCUGCCUGUGGUGGCAUGUUGUGUCGAUCCUUCACAUGCUUUGUUUGUAGACUUAUAGCAGCGCUGCUAUGGGAGGCAGGAUCACAGGGGGGGCCUUUGGAUUGUAUGCAAAUGGAUGAAUCGUGUACUGUGUGUAUAAUUCAAAGUGUAGGGUACACUUUAGAACUCAAGGGUUGUUGGCAUUCAGCUUUCACUAAUUCAUCAACGACAUCCAUCAUCAUUAAUUAUCCCAUCAUCAUCACCCUCAUCAUCAUCACCGUGUCCUCUGGUGCCAGUAGGAGUGCGAGAUGUUUCACGGAGAGUUCGAGGGCAGUGCCUGUGGCCCCCAUGGCCCCUACAUCCCUGACGUCCUCUUCUGGUGUGUGGUCCUCUUUUUCUCCACCGUCUUCAUGUCCGCCUUCCUCAAGGAGUUCAAGACAAGCCGCUACUUCCCCACUAAGGUAUGAAUCAAGUCCUUUAAGCCCAGAUUAAUCUGAAAUGGAGUUUUCCUGACCCGUCCCUGAAAAAUUAAACCUCCAUCAUCAAUUUUACAGUCCUGCCAUUACUUCCCAUUUUACCGAGGGACUGAAAUCACACUGGAGGUGUUUUCCAUGUCAUUGCCUCUAAUUUUGUCAAUUUAGAUUAUGCCGCCAUCUACUGGUGGAAUCAAAUCACAGCCGAUAUCCUGCAGUCGCUGCUGCUGUUCUAUUUUUGCCAUUUCUCUGAUUUAUCAUUGAGAUGACACUCAUGAGCGUAAUGUGUGGCGUGAUGCGGCUGCGUUCUCAUUUACAGAGCGUCAGCGCCAUCUGGUGGUGAUUAAUUUGACACUACAGCUAUGAUGUGGUAAAAGUAUGUAAGUUCAUGAAGGUUUCAGGUGGAUUUGAUUCAACAGAGCAGCAUUUUGAUUGGACGGGGAUGUUCUAGCCAUCAUCAAAUACACAAAAUAUAAUCCUGAUAGUCUCGCUGAUUAAAGCACAUCAGGAAAAUGUCCUUUGACACCUCUUCGGAGAUAGAAAAUACACAAAAUCUAUGCAAACAUACUGAAUAUAAUGUCAGAAUAAGAUAACAAAAGACCUGGAGGCGACACUCAGAGCUUGUCUUCAUCCAGCUUAUGUGAAAGUGGACUUUGAGUGUGUCUAUUUUUACUACCUCUCCAGGUGCGGGCCAUCAUCAGUGACUUUGCCGUCUUCAUCACCAUCCUCACUAUGGUCUUGGUGGAUUACGCCCUCGGUAUCCCCUCUCCAAAGCUCCAGGUCCCCAGCAAGUUCAAAGUGAGUGCACAUAAAAGUCACUGUGUGUGUCUAUUUGAUUAUUUUACCCACAGAUACUCAGUUUUAGUCCAGUUUUGUGCCCUUGUAUUGUCAUUUAGCAGCAACCUGCAUCAACUGUUGAUGCUGUUUAACUACAUCAGGCAAAUUUCUGAUUUAAGCACUCCGGUUAAUAGACGUUUAUUGCCCUUACUUUAAUAAUAAAGCAAACUAAACAAACACUUACCGUCUUAGCAAAUGAGGAUGGUGUUUAAUGAAGCCUCAAAGUCAAACUCAGUUAAUUACCUUCGACUCUAACACUCAGCAAACGUCAAGAUGAGAGUUAAAUGUAAUCUACAUUAGCCUGACACUCUUUCUGCUUCCUCCUCCUAUUUUAGCCGUGUCUCAUUUUACUGUGUUGUGAGUGUUAUUCUGUUUCAUAGCCCUGAAGGUCUUCGCUUCUGCUCUGCCUGCCACAGGUUUUAGGACUCUCCAUAGGCAUCAAGAAGGGAGCUUUUAAAACAGAGCCGUGACCUCACUGAAAAACAUGUAAAAGAAAACAAAGGAGGGCAGGAGGUUUCAUAAUCAGACAAAGGAAAACAGGAAAUAAAAGUUGGAUUUUUCAGCCUUACAGGAAUUUCAGGUGCUGAAAACAUACGUUAAAAUCCCUCCUAAAAGCUACAGCCAGAGAGUUUUCAGCAUCUCAAACAUUCACUGAUAAAUAAUUGAUGAACUGUUGAAUCUGUUUAAUCCAAGUAUAUGUGCUUCACAUUCUCCUCACUCUUUUUGUCAAUUCAAUCUUUCUUUUCCUCUCUCAGCCAACCAGAGAUGAUCGUGGCUGGCUUAUAAACCCUGUUGGACCUAACCCGUGGUGGACCACGAUCAUCACCUUCAUCCCCGCUCUGCUCUGCACCAUCCUCAUCUUCAUGGACCAGCAGAUCACAGCUGUCAUCAUCAACAGAAAGGAGCACAAGCUGAAGGUUAUUUCUGUUGGUUGGAGAUUUUCCGUGCUGUUGAUGAUAAAAGGCGAGUCUGAAUUAUUAAUCAAAGUCCGUUCUCUCACCCCUGCAGAAAGGCUGCGGCUACCACCUGGACCUGUUUGUGGUGGGGGUGAUGCUGGGAGUGUGCUCUGUGAUGGGGCUGCCAUGGUUCGUGGCGGCCACUGUACUCUCCAUCUCCCACGUGAACAGUCUGAAGCUGGAGUCGGAGUGCUCGGCGCCCGGGGAGCAGCCGAAGUUCCUGGGCAUCAGAGAGCAGCGCUUUACAGGCCUCAUGAUCUUCACUCUGAUGGGCUGCUCGGUUUUCAUGACGUCUGUGCUGAAGGUCUGUAUACAGACACAUAUUCACAAAGAAGAGGCUUGUGUUGGUUCUCAGUUUGGGUCCUGACCUUGACUUCUGAUCUGUCUCCAGUUCAUCCCAAUGCCUGUCCUGUACGGCGUCUUUCUUUACAUGGGGGCGUCUUCGCUCAGAGGCAUUCAGGUGCGCUCACACUCAGCCUGCUGGUGUUUUAUUUUUUAGAGGAGCUGAUUCAGAAAAGAAGCUUAAAUGUUCGUUUUUUUGCAGUUCUUUGACCGUCUAAGGCUGUUCUGCAUGCCGGCCAAACAUCAGCCAGACUUUAUCUACCUUCGUCACGUCCCGCUGAGGAAAGUCCACCUCUUCACUAUCAUCCAGCUCAGCUGCUUGGUCCUCCUCUGGGUCAUCAAGACCUCUAAGGCCGCCAUUGUUUUCCCCAUGAUGGUAACUUUUAGGCGUUUCUGGGUAUUUAUCCCUCUGUUUUAACUUGAUGUGUUAUUGGUUAAUCCGGCCUGUUUUUCCACCUCAGGUCUUGGCUUUGGUCUUCAUUCGUAAGCUGCUAGACUUCAUUUUUACGAAGAGAGAGCUGAGCUGGUUGGACGACCUGAUGCCGGAGUGGAAGAAGAAGAAACUGGAAGAUGCAGCACAAGAGGUGCAAUAAAAGACUUUGAUGUAGAGCUUUUAACAUUAUGUAUUCAGUGUUUUGUAAUAUAUUCUUGUCCUUACCUGCAGGAGGAGCACAGUAUUAUCGCAGAGGAGGAAGGCAUAGUUCAAGUGCCACUAGAGGUUAACCUAAAGUAAGUCAACAAACAGUCUUUUUUUACUCUUUAUUGCUGUAUAUGUGUAAAACUGGAGAACUAUGGGACAAACUGGUUUAAAGGGGACGACUCCGAGCUCAACGGCAGCAGUCAGAGAAUCUGUCUGUUUGUUAAGGGAUCGUUUCGACGGAUAUAUCUGUUUGACUUUUCCACAGACACUCUAUAAAAGAUGGACAUGACUGCUCAGUUAUGGUUAGUUCUUAUCAGGCCCGAAGUUUUUUAUAGUCAGUAAAUUAUAAUUAACAUGACUGUUGACACAUGUGGCUCCUAAAUUACAAAGUAAAGGAAAAACACAGACAGGAAAAGUUCUCAAAGUGUUACUAAACUUUCCAUCAUUGCAACAAAAUCACAGAAAAACCGUCUAUUUUUAGGGUCGUACUGCUGAAGUAAACCAGAGUGAAGCCUCGAUGUGACCGACUCUUUACAGUCAAACUGAGACUCAGCAGAAAAAAAUAAACAGGGAUGCGCUGAACCAAGAAAUGACAGCACUGACUGAGGACGUAGCUCUGUAAUCUGUGUACACUGUUGCUUCUUGUGCAGCGUGCUAAACUAUAAACAAUGUAGUACACGGAAAAGGAUGUUUUGGCUUGGCGUAAUUAUCAUACACACAGACAGGAAAUACAGAGAGGUUAGCCUUAUCCCAGGGGCAUAUCUCCCUUUGAGAGUAAGUUUUCUAAGACAUCUCCUAACAGAACUUAUUCAUCUUUUUUAUAAGUGUGUAUGAAAAAUUGGCGUUUUUAUUCGUUUGUGUGUGUUUUUCCAAAAGGGGUGACCCAGCCACAGUGAACAUCACGGAUGAGAUGUCCAAAGGAUCCUUCGGGAAUGUGUGGAAGAGCGUCAACCCCGCUGAGAGCGCAAAGAAGGAGCCAAGCGCUAAAAGGUGAGCCCCCUUAUUUACCUUACUCUCAUAUAUCCAGAUCUCUAAUACAUCAGUGUCAGGGGGGAGGGGGGGACUGUCUCUUUGGGUGUUAGAGCGAGCAGUGGCAGGUGUUUAUUAUUAAGAAGUUAUGGAACAUUUACCUCGUGUUUUUCCAGGAAACCGAGGAGCUAGUAUGUUUAUAUAAAAGGGGUUUAUCUUAGAGCAGCCCUGCCCUCGCAGAUUUCCCACAGAGUAGACUAACAUAGUGUCUCCUGCCUGCCUCUCUCAUUCCAUCCCACCCCUAAGCUCCCCUUCCUAACCUCUCAGAAGCUGAAAUCCCAAAGGUGAGUUCUUCCUAGUCCCUGUAAGCAUGGAAAGUAUCGUCCUGUGUGCUGCAUGAUGGAGAUGGUGCUGCAGAGUGACGUAGUAAAUCAAGAGAUGAAUCAGUAAAGUGGAUGCUGGUUGGCUGAAAAGAGGAGCAUGGCGUUGGUGUGCAUGUCAGUUCAAGGACAUGUUUUAUUUUGUCCCUCAGAUGUUGUAAAAAUUGUUGUAUUUAUAGCACUGUAGCUCAAGAUGGCAUGUUUUAAAGUCACAAUCUAUUGGAUGUAACAUAUUUGCAUGCCAGCAUCUUGAAUCUUCCCAAAUCGCUCUGUUUUCAAGAGUCUUCACACUCUUGCUCGGUUUAAUUUUGUCUUCUGUGCAGUUCAAGUGGCGGCGGCGAAAAGCGACACAAGCGCCGGAGGCAUGACAAGAGCUUGGACAGGGAGACAAGUUUGUGAUGACACGUACUGGCAGCGCCACCGUGCUGUGGAUCAGUCGUUUUAAAAAAAAUAAAAAGUAAAGUAAAAAAAACAAAAAAAAUCUAAACCGUGCCACACUCAGCCACCUUUGUACUGUGCUACACUGUGUUUUUUGUCAUGUAAGUCUGUGUGCAAGUUGUGUAAAACAAAGAUAAAUUUGUUAGAAACAGUAUUAACACGGGAAACCAAGACACACGUGUGUUCGUUUUUCUAUGUAUAUCAAAGUUUGGUGAUACCAGCAUUUGAGCGAAGCAAGAAUUAUAUACCACUUACAGAAACGACUGUGUCGACGGGCCAAUAACGCAGAAAUUUUAACAAUUUUUAAAUCUACUUUAUUUGUAUUUUGUAUGUUUUUAUAUUUUUUCAACAGCAACGAUUGCCAGUUGUCCUUUUAAACACCUGCCACAGUGAACCACGAAUAUGUGGGUUUUGUUUGCAGUCUUUGAAGCCGAUAUACUGACUUGAUGCACCUCACCUAAAUAGUAGAUAUUUGCCAAAUCUGAUCUAUUUCACUGGUAUCUUUAAAAGUUGGCUCUAUAGAGAAUCUAGUAAUUUUUUGGAAGUAUUAAAUAUACGUUUUAUAUAUUCAGUAUAACUAAAUGUUUUUUUGUGACUGUGACAACUCAUAUCAUUCCAGAGUCUCCUCCUCCAUAGCUGUUCUACCAUUAAAUGUCUCUCCUUCAGUUCAGUAUUUUCCAAAUGAGUUGAGGGAAAAGUUUAAAAAAAACACUCGCCUGUUUUCUUGCUGAGAGAAAAUCAAAUCUGCAGACAUGUGUCUUUAAGAUGAAUGUCGAAGAAUGCUCGGUCGAAACAAAAUCUACCAGAAGCUUCACUAAUUGUUGCUUUAUUUCCUGCUUUUAUAACCAACGUUCAACGAAACAAAAAGGUAUUACAUUUAGCUCUCUGCAAGAAAAGGGUACAUGUGAAUUUCCCUUAAAUUCAACUUGGGGAAAAUAUAUUUUCAGGCAGCUUAUUUGAAAAAUACAUUUUACGCGAGCAUGGCAGCAUAGUUCAAAAACCUUUCAGUAGUGGCUUUUUAAAAACAGAAUCAAAUUGACGAAACUUUGAGAUGACUGUACAGACAGCUCUGUUUUCCACCUUCAUACUCUACGUCAUCUUUGUCAGUAAGUGUCAUCCAUGGACAAACAAUCUCCUAUCCAAAUGACCCUCAACGUGUUAGCAUCAGAAGCUAAUUGUUUUUAAAAAAAGACACCUGCAUGACGGUGAAACAGACUUGGCUGUCUCGCUGCAGGACCAUGGUUACUUCUAGAGAUGCAAUAAUACCCUUUUUCUGGGAAGGGCAACAUGUAAUAAACGGUAAAGAGUCUUAACAAUGUAUAAUACAUAGUAUAUUUUAUUCAUGUAAAAUGUUACUAAUAUAUUACUAACAUGAAUUCAGUGUUGAAGGCAGGUUUUUCGUUGUAGAUGUUCUUAUCCUCAUCGUCUUAUUGAUGGUUCUUAGUUUUAGAGAAACUAAUAAUGGGUCAAAAUUAUAUCAAUAUCACAUAUUUUGACCACUUCUGUGUGGAAUUCUGCCUUAAACUUGGUAGUGAUAGCUGUACACUUUCUGUUGAAUAAUUUAAGUCACCUGUAUAGAAACCCAUCCGGUCAGAUCUGUUGUUAUAUUGUGAUUUGUUUCAUGAGAAUGAGAGAAAGAGAGAGAGUGAGCGAGAGCGAGCGAGUGAGAGCAUAAAUAAAGAUGUUAAACGAAC